CAGCGGAGCCCAGGGUGGGAGGGGCUUAGCUAAUGAAGGGCAGCCGAAGUGAAACUUGGGACUCUCUCCCGAGGGACAGGCGCACGAGACAGCAGAUCAGCACAUAAGGUGACUAUGCGGCACCGCGGACUACGGACUGGCUCAAGCACUUGACACUGGAGACUGUGGCUGCUCUUCCGGAGCGCUCAUGAGACCAGCGGAUCGAAAAGUACAGAAACACUCGAAGACAUGACUGGCUCUCCAUUUGCGACGCUGAUCUGUUCACUUCAUCUUCCGGUGGACGACUGUCCCGCUGGCCCGCCAGCUCCCGAUGGAGGACAGAGGCUCCAUGGCCUCAGAAGAGGACCGCCGGGUCCAGGGCGGGAGCCUCUCCCUGCCAGCGCCGCCGGAGGGCCCUGCCGCGCAGAUCGCCUCUGAGCCCAGCAAGGCCCGGUCCUUGGCCCACAGGCAGCCGUGCAGAAGGAACGGGCUGUCGAAGCUCUGCCAGAGCAGGACGGCGCUGUCCGGAGACAGAUGGAGCUCCUACUGUUUGUCGUCAUUGGCUGCCCAAAAUAUUUGCACAAGCCAAUUGCACUGCCUGGCGGCGCCUGAGCAGGCGGACCUGGCAGGGUCCCUGGGCAGCACGUCCUGCUGUUCCCUGCUGCGGGGCUUGUCCUCAGGGUGGUCCACACCUCCGCUCCCGGCCCCUGUGUGCAACCCCGGCAAGGCCGUGUUCACCGUGGACGCCAAGACCACAGAGAUCCUGGUGGCCAGCGACAGAGCCUGCCGGCUCCUGGGGUACAGCAGCCACGACCUGAUUGGCCAGAAGCUCACACAGUUCUUCCUGAAGCCAGAGUCCGACGUGGUGCAGGCCCUCAGUGAGGAGCACGUGGAGGCCGACGGCCACGCCGCCGUCGUGUUCGGCACGGUGGUGGACGUCGUGAGCCGCAGUGGGGAGCAGAUCCCAGUCUCCGUGUGGAUGAAGAGGGUGAAGCAGGAGCACAGCCUCUGCUGCGUGGUCGUGCUGGAGCCCGUGGAGAGGGUCUCGGCCUGGGUGGCUUUCCAGAGCGACGGAACCGUGACGUCCUGUGACGGUCUCUUUGCCCAGCUGCACGGAUUCACAUCUGGGGAGGAGGUGGUCGGGCAGCGCAUCACAGACCUUAUCCCUGCUGUGCAGCUCCCGCCGCCCGGCGAGCGCAUCCCCAAGAAUCUCAAGAUUCAGAGGUCUGUUGGAAGAGCCAAGGAUGGCACCACCUUCCCUCUGAGCUUAAAGCUGAACUCUAAACCCGGCAACGCGGAGGCAGCGGACGGCAAGGCGGCCCCUGACCGGGGCUACUCGGCAUCCAUCUGGGUGUUCUCCACCAUCAGUGGGCUCAUCACCCUCCUGCCGGACGGGACCAUCUACGGCAUCAACCACAGCUUUGCUCUGAUGCUGUUUGGUUAUGGAAAGGAUGAGCUCCUGGGCAAGAACAUCACUUUCCUGAUUCCUGCUUUCUACCACUACAUGGACCUUGCCUGUGACAGUUCCUUUCUGCUGCCGGACGUGGCCAACUGCCUGGACGUUGGCAGUCACAGUGGGCCUGGGGAGACCACCGGGGACGCCCAGCACACAGCCGAGGAUCUAAGGGUGAACACCGAGACCCCAAAGCCAGUGGAGAGCCAGGCCGCCCCCCCCAGGGCCCAGGUUCCUGCGGACGCCGGAGGCCGCCUCGCCUUCUCCCUCCCGGCGCUGCCCACUCUGGGGGUGGACAGCGUCCCAGAAGGAAGCCGGCCAGCCCACAGCGAACACUCAUUAUCCAAGGACCGGCAGAACGUGCCAGAAGGAAGCCCGCCAGCCCAGGAACAGUCACUGCCCGAGGGCCAGCGAAGCAUGCCAGGGGGAUGCCCGUCAGCCCCUGGCCAACGGUCGUCGCCAGAGGACCAGCAGAGCGCUGUCUUAGAGAAAGAGCGGCUGGCAACAGCAGAGAGCCUCAGGCAGGACCUGCUGGGAGGAAACAGGUCUGGGCCAGUGGACACAAAACCAUGUGCUUCCCAUGAAGAUUCUGAAACACCAGUGCCAAGUGCAGAUGGGACCAGUGGUGCUGCAAGGGGUGGCCUGUAUCAGGAGACACAGCUGGGGCGGAGGGGCUCGAGUGGUGCCAGCGAUUCAGACCACAGGGCUGAUGGCACCAAGGCCAGGCCCCACGCUGCGGGUCAGCCGGCAGGGCAGGGCCUCCCGGUGCGCGGCCCUGGAUUCGAGGGAGAGUGGCGCGCCCAGCGGGGAAGCCCGGACUCGGCCCCCAGCCCCUCGGGGACGGUGCAGCCCUUGCUCUCGACGCCUCCUUUGGCUGAGCCGUGGCUGGGGACGUGCUUGAUUAAGGAGCAGCUGUGCGCAUCGAGCUUCGCGGGGCCUUGGGGUGUCUCCUAUGCCGAGCAGCCCCCGCCCUCCACCCCUGCGUCCUUGUAUGACCUGGGAGGCACAGACCCGCACGGUGGCCGCUCGGGCAGCUCCUCGGCCUGCUACGCCCUUGCCACUGACCUGCCCGGUGCCCCGGAGGCCACGGAGGCCUGGGAGGCUGGCGAGAAUUCGUUUUCCUGGAACCUCAAGGAACUCGUUUUCAGCGAAUGGACAGACCGAACUUCUUCGAACCGUUCCUGCGCUACGUCUGAGCUCGGGGGGAGCUGCUCCCCUUCGCUCGGGGUCUCUGAUGUGGACGUGAGCGGUUUGCGCAGGCAGAGGUCAGAAGUCCUGGACCACCGGGAGCUGUCGCUGCUGACCGGCGCCGACUUCAGUCUGGGUGGAGGCCGGCGGUCCCGCGAGGGCGGUCUGGAACUGGAUGGAACCGAACCAUCGCACAUGUGCUUGGCAUCCUCUGAACACGAUGACCUGGAUGAGAGCCCGGACCGCGUCCCUCCUGUGUCGGGAGCCGGCCCCGUGGGCGCGUCCCCGCUAGAGGCACCCAGGCUGAGCCUCCAGGCCACCUCCACGCCUGUGAGAGCAGACGGCCCUGCGCCGCUGGGGGCCGCCGACCUGCAGCCCGAGAUCCAGGAGGGCGCCUACGCGGGGAGCUGUUACCACCGAGACGGCUCGCAGCUGGGUGUGCAGUUUGAAGUGAAGCGGGUGGCACUCCAGGGCUCGUCCGCCCUGUUCUGCUGCUGGCUGGUGAAGGACCUGCUGCACGGUCACCUGGCCUCGGCCCCGCGGCCCCGCCUGUUCCUGAGCAGCCUGCCCAGCUCCGCCCACUCCACCUGCGAGCUGUCUGGAGCCAGCCUGGGGCAGGUGCUCGCGAGCAAACCCUGGUUUGAGGAGCCCCCCGAGGCCGUGGAGCUGGAGGGGCUGGCGGCCUGCGAGGGCGCGUACUCCCGCAAGUACAGCACGCUCAGCCCCAUCGGCAGCGGGGCCUUCGGCUUCGUGUGGACGGCGGUGGACCAGGAAGCGAAUAAGGAGGUGGUGGUGAAGUUUAUUAAGAAGGAGAAGGUUUUGGAGGAUUGUUGGAUUGAGGAUCCCAAACUUGGGAAAGUGACUUUAGAGAUUGCCAUCCUGUGCAGGGUGGAGCACGCCAACAUCAUCAAGGUACUGGAUGUAUUUGAAAACCAAGGGUUCUUUCAGCUGGUCAUGGAGAAGCACGGCUCCGGCCUGGACCUCUUUGCAUUCAUCGACCGCCAUCCCAGCCUCGAUGAGCCCCUGGCGAGCUACAUCUUCCGACAGCUGGUGUCAGCAGUGGGAUACCUGCGCUCCAAGAGCAUCAUUCAUCGGGACAUCAAGGACGAGAACAUCGUGAUCGCUGAGGACUUUACAAUCAAGCUCAUAGACUUCGGCUCGGCUGCCUACCUGGAGAGGGGCAAGCUGUUCUAUACCUUCUGUGGGACAAUUGAGUACUGCGCGCCCGAAGUCCUCAUGGGAAACCCUUACAAGGGGCCGGAGCUGGAGAUGUGGUCGAUGGGCGUCGCGCUGUACACGCUGAUCUUCGAGGAGAACCCCUUCUGCGAGCUGGAGGAGACCUUGGAGGCCGCGAUAAACCCCCCGUACCUGGUGUCGGAAGACCCAGGACCUGCAGUUGUGCGAUGCGCUCCACCUGCCCCCAGCCGGGGCCCUCCGUCAGUCUUCUGGCCACACGCCUUUCUGUCCCCAGAUCUCAUGAACCUCAUGUCUGGGCUGCUACAGCCUGUCCCCGAGCAGCGCACCACCUUGGAGAAGCUGGUGACAGACCCCUGGGUGACGCAGCCUGUGAACCUGGCUGACUAUACCUGGGAAGAGGUGUGUCGACUAAACAAGCCAGAGAGCGGAGUUCUGUCCACUGUCAGUCUGGAGCUGGAGGGCAGGAGCCCAAGUGCAGUGGCUCGGGCCCCGGAGCUGCGCAGGGCUUCAUGUGCGAGGGCAGGCCCCUAACCGCCGGGAAACCCAGCUCUCUGCUGCUCUCCUUCACUCAGGAAGUCAUGUUAUAUUCAGGCCCCUUCCAUUCAGAGAAAGUACGUUCUCAAGAAUUAGGCCCAUUACACCAUCUAAAACCUCAUAUGCAAGCUUGAUAAAUGUUAGAACAAAAGCCAGGGAUACUAUAUUGUUUUAGGGUUAUAAAAUAGACUUGGAAUUCAUUUUUUUUCAUGGCCUUGAAAAAAUUCUAGUGUUAAUUUUGAGUUUUGUACUAUUUUUUACUAUUAAAAGGCUUCUAAUUUGUGAAAUUCCAAAAGGCAUACAAAAGGUUUUUAACCCUCUUUCUACUUUUGUAUAUGUGCCUGUGUUUCUGCUUCCUGACUUGGUAUAUGCUCGUCUCUUAUGCGGAAUGUGUAGAACCUGUUCACCGAAUGACCAGAUUAUUUCAUUAAUUUAUUUCCUUGAACGUUUUCCAAAUUAA